AUGGCGUUGCAAGCCGAUUUUAAGAAUCGCGGAGGCUUGCAGAGCCUCUUUAACCCGAAGGCCGGCAACAAGGUUUUCGCGCUUGACUCCGUCUUGCCAGAUGCCAAUCGUGCACACAAGCCCCCUGCGGCCACUGGCAAGCUGGCAUUGCCGGCAGUGCCAGGCAGCAGAAAUGUAGGAGGAGAAGAUCCAUUGAAGGCCGGAUCACCCGUGCUGUCCGUGAGUCCAGAGCUUGAGCCCGUCCGGGAGUCAGACGGCUUCUCCCCAGCUCUCCAAGAUGCUGUGCAGACUAUGAUGCAAAGUUUGCGAGAGGUCAAAGAGCCAGAGCCGCGGGGAACAGCGAAAAACAAGCCUGAGCAUGAGAUGACAACAGGGGCUUCUGAAGAGCACGCGCCUGACAUGACCUCUACGUUGUCGGAGGCACCCAAGCCGGAGCAGCAAACCUCGGAGUCGAAGAUGAGGCGUGCCAUUGCCAGAACGCGGUGGCCGGUAAGACCGCCCGAGAGAAUCGAAGAGAUCAAGAAUAUUGAGGUUUUCGCAGAGCGUCUCGUAGAUGCUUACGGCUCCUUGUCGAAGGCCUUUGAAGCCUUUGACAGCCACGACCGAAGCGAAGUGACAAGAUCUCAGUUCGAUGCUGCACUGGAUGCGAUGAAACUCGACGUCGAAGAGCUUUGUGGCAUCCCUGCAUCCAAGCUCUUCAGCAUGGUGAGUCGAGCCUCGAAGAAGCCCAUCGGAGCAUUGACGGAGCAGGCUUGGAACUCCUUCUUCAAGAAGUACCUGGGGCAGACGUCCUCGGCGCAUUUGCUCGAAGCCGACUACAGCAUCCAGGCCGCUCUGAGCCAUCUCGCAGAGUUGCACCGGCUCGAGCCUUCUUCAGCACCACAGCGACGACGGCCUUUUCUCGAGGAGGGCUCAGACCCCGAUGCUCCGCCCCGUCGCUGGUGUGUUGUGGCUGCUGCGGUGCUCGAUGAUGAGGCCAUGGCCAAGCUCGCUAAUCUUGAGGACAAUGGCGGCGACGGGAAGAAGAAGAUGCAGGAAGAGGCUGGUGGCGGCCGGCGGCGUGGCGCUAUCGGCUCCCAGGAUGCAGAUGGCUCAUCUGCUUCCGGUGACUCUGACGACGACUUGACUUCAAGGCGGCUGGCGCAGGACCAGGCCGGUGACGGUUCGCCGGAUGGUAGAAGGGAGAUGCACGGGCAUUCUGGUGGCUCUGGUGCGAAAGCAGAGACAUCGAGCGAGGACGCAGAUGGCAAGCUGCUAGCCAACGGAGCCAAAUCCGACGCAGCUUCUUUGUCUUCUGACCUCAGCGGUGGCAAUGACGCUCGAGGCCGAUCACAUGAACAGCGCGAGCGUCUGGGAGCUAUUGAUGAGGACGAUUCCACCUUGAGCCCUGCACUGAAACCGACCGGUAGUACUACGUCACAUAUGUCAGAUGAAGACGCGUUGCCGACGUCUGCGAGUGCCAGAAGGGCUCCUGGUGGAGACGCUGAGGGCGACCUGCAACAGCGGUCUGGGCCUGGGCGGUCUGGGCCUGGUUACGGAAGUCACGGCCCGGGCUCGGGCUCGGGCAGCGGUGUCAGCGGUGUCAGCGGCGACGGUGUCGGCGGUCCGAGGGGUACUUCUCAAGUUGAUGGCGACGGGCAUCGGUCGGCAUCCAAGGAUGGACAAGCAGAAGAAAGAGAUCGCAGGCACAUGAACCCAGGCACGGGCUCUGCCGAAACUUCCUCCAGAUUGGAUGGACCUGGGAACAGCUCUGAAGAUGCAUUCGGCUCAACGCCUUCUGAUCUGCUGUCUGGAAGCACCCGAGAUCUGGACGGGCGAAGGAACAACAUGGGCGGGCGACUUGAUGGUGCUCCUGCCGGUGGUGCCGGUGCUGGUGGUAACACUGUUGGCGGCGAUGCUGGUCGUGAUGCUGGUGCCGAUGCCAAGGAUGGCCGCGCCGCUGGACGAGCUGGCCUCUCAUCUUCCAUUUCCGCACAGGAUUUGGAUGGAGGGCCUACCGGAUCAGAGUCUUUCUCAGGAUAUGCGGGUGCAAAUCGGCGAAAGUACCAAAGCGAGCCAAUUGAUCUGCUGGCCAGAGCAGCUGGAGAGUCCCAAAGCCACUCUGCAGUCGGGGCAGAGAGUGUAUCCGAUGAAGUUGGCAAUGCAACUUCUGGGCUGAAGGUUGCCUACACGCAUGGCAAGGCAGAGGAAAGCUCCGAUUCCGAGCUUGAUGAUGAGAUGAGCAGCAUGGGCAUUGAGGAGGACAAGACUGCCGGCGACAUUCAGUCGCUCGUGAAGCGCGUGUUCAGGCUUUAUGCCACCGGCUAUUCGAAGGGUCAAUAUGUGUUCAUCCGAAAUCCCGACCUGGGUCACUUCAUGGAUGAUGCAAAGGAAGCUUUGCCUGCCCAUCGGAAGAAGUUUCGGCGCUUUAAACGAAUAUUCGAGUCGAUCUUCGAUGACACCAUACAGCUGCAGUGUGAUAUGCCUGGCCAGGGCCUGCGAAUCACCGCGGGCUUGACAUUGGACUGGUUCCAAGUCUUUGUGCAGAAAGUGGUAAGGCGAGUUGGCACGGAGGUUAUGGGCUUCUUCAUGGCCCUGCUCGAAGCACAAGGCUGCUAG